CUAAUUUGCCAGUUGUUGCCACGUUUUGAAGGAGGCUGUGACGUGAGCAAUGUAAACAAUCAGCUGGAUCAGCUGUGUUGUGUUUUGUAUUUUCUAUUGAGGAAUCUGGGAUACGACAUAUUUCAAAAAUCUCCUUCUCCUUACCUGAAGAAAACUUGAAGCAGCCAAAAAUGGCUUUUACCAAGCUGCAGCAGUGGUUAUUAGCACUUGCUACUUUCUCUGGCUUUUGGGCAACACUUGUUGCUAAAGCAGCACAGCCGCAGCAUUUUCUCCAUAAGCAUGAAUUUCUGGUUCUCGCUCUUCCAGUUAUUCUCAUUGGCUUAUUUGGGAUAUAUGCAGUUUUCACUGUCCUUUAUCGGGUCUUCACAUUCAACAAUUGUGAGGAGGCUGCUGAGGAGUUAAAUAAGCAAAUCAAACAAGCAAGAAAAGAUUUGACCAGUAAGGGGUUCUCUUUUGAGAAAGUCAAAUGAGGGGUAAGUCCUGUCUUUCCUUGUCACCAAAACCCAAUGGUUGGUGAUUUAAUUUUGAAACAUUCCGAUGUUAUUGUUUGAAUUGGAUAAGCUUAAUUAUGAUGAGAUGGGAGAAUAAUGUAGCUAAAGAAGGUUGGCAUAAGUGAGGACGAGGGAAUUAGACAAAUGUGAUAUUACAUAUUUUAAAAUAAAUAUUUAUUCUCAUUCAGUCAA